AUGAAAAUUUACGUAUUUCUCGCCUUCGUGCUUUGCUCUUACGCUGCAGAUGUGAAAGAGACAACAAAGGAAGCGGAGCCUGCUACAAACAAAGACAAACGACAAAUACAAGAUGAACUUGUUCCCACACAUAUACAAUAUAGAGUAGCUCGUAAACAGGAGCCAGUAGCACCUGUUGAAGAAUUGCAAGAGGAUGACAAGCCCAACAGUCGAUCUGACUCCGAGGAAUAUCGUCCGGGACAAGUAAUUUCUGUGAACGCUCGAGAAUUAUUGGAAUUGCAACCAGAAAGAAAAGCACCUCUCUCUAGCAACCAGUUGCUGCAACAGCUGUAUGCGAAUCCGCAACCUGAACACAAUCAAAACAUUCAACAAAUUUACUACCUCGAUCAAGGAGGACGUCAGGUGGCGCUUCAGCCCUCGCACGCCGUGAUUGCCCGACCUGACUACACUUCCAAUGGUGGUGAAGCUUCAGUGGGCGCUGCAUUGUCGGUCAGUGAUAAUGGCGCCAGCAGCAGGGAUGUCUACAACCAGGACCUAUUUGCUCUACUGGGACAAUCACCUGUGCGACAGGAAGAACUUCGUCAACAUUCAUACUCCCAACCCCAACCAGCACAACAUGUACAACCAGCGCAGCGUGCACAACCGGUUCAGCAAGCCUCUACAGUUCAGAGUGUCGCACCUCAAUAUCAACAGGUGGACAGAUACAUUUCCAAGCCAAGCAAAAAAUCCAAGGUUCACAACAAAGCACAAUCAACUCCACCUCAACCAUCACCAGCUCCUCAACAGUAUUUGAUUGAAACUACAAACGUUCAGCAACAGCAGACACAGCAACAAUCUCAGCUACAAUCACCACUAUACCGCCCAGCUCCUCAGUCACAAAGAGCAUCACAGGCUUUACGUUAUGUAUCAAUUCCUCAGGCUCAACAAGUCUCACAGCAAGUACUAUAUGAACAUCCAGAAUCGCAAGGACUGAAAAUUGUUCCUGCUCCCAAGUUACAGCCACAGCAACCCAGAGCUCAACCAAACUAUAGGCUUUUGGCUCAGUACCAACCAGAGGCUCAGCCUAAACAAUACAGAAUUCUUGAGGCACCCAGACAAGCAAUGAGAUCACAAGAACAGCGUCAACCAAGUCAAAGCGUUGAAAGAUCCGUCACCUAUUUGAAACGUUUUCCUGAAUACGAAAAAAUGCGAUCUGUCAAAAUUUAUGACCCUAUCAUCGCUGAAGGGUUACCUCAGAAUACUCAAAUUAUUGGGGAUCAACAAUAUUAUCUUCGUCCAGUAUACAGAGGAAAUGAACAACGACCACGGUAUGAGAUGCCUAUGCAAAUUAAACCUGAACAAAGAGUUGAAUCAUCAAAGCCAGCACAGUCUACCAUUUAUGUUAGUAAAAACUUAGUUCCAAGAAAACUAGCAAGGCCUCAACCAUAUAGAGAACAGAGCACAAAAGUUGAUCAGCCAGUACAACCACAUUAUGACCAAGUAAACAUUGAACAACACGGUCAGACCUUAGAAGAACAAAGAGCGCGCCUGCCUCCCCCUAAAAACAAUAAGGCGUAUACUCCUGAAGAGUUUGCAGCUUUGGUAGCAGCUGGCUAUUCAGUGACCCCUGUACCAUUCAGUGCCGCAAACUUACAUGAAGCCCAGUCAAGGUCAUCAAUGGACUCAUUGUCGAUGUAUCCGAAACGUUUCAUUCGACCUAUGGCAAGUAGACGUCAUCAGUAUCUUCCUCUUCGAGGAGACGACGCGCCUUAA